UCAUUCACACCACUGCUGUCCGGAUGCCCUCUAGUCAUAAAUCCGACGGCUGUCUAGACCAAUCGCCGCCAUUUACUAACCAUUACCACCCCCCUUCACAAACACAAUCCCAAAACGAUCUAGGUUUAAGACCGAAUCAAGCGCAAACGCAAACCAGUCCCGAAUACGCCUACAAAUCCAUCAUAGCCUUGCCCAAACGACAGUUGUGGCAACGCAGCGCCAGCUGUCGAGACCUGUACGAUUUUAGUUUCGAGGACUCGGGACAAGCCAAACGUAGAGCGGUUAAACCGCCCAAACCGGCGGAAAAAACCGCCAGUUGCGAUAAUCGAAAGUUAGACUCCCCCAUUACGCGAUACGACGACCAUCACGCCAUCUAUAGCACAAGUUCAAGGGACAGUAGUCUCGAAAUCCAUCAAGACAUUAUGAUGCCUGAUCAAAAAGUCUACUCUAGUAGUUACCCCGGAACCACCACUUACUCCCAAGAAUCUAUGGAAGACCCCGGUAAUUACGACCUGAGAGACUCACAAGACGACCUCUCACAUGAUAGUUACGAACUUAUCGAAAAGUCCGACGAUGACUAUAGCACCUCCGGUGACUACAAAUACAAAAAAGGCAAGCCUUUAAACACCCGGAGUUGCAGUCUCGACUCCGGGAAUUACCUCCCUUCGGACACCGACUCCGAAAUCGAAAAGCGCCACAAAUGCAAAAGUGUCUCAGACGUCCAGCAAGACAUUUUCACAAUGGACGACCCUCGGGACUUCCCCCGUGAAAUAAUCCCGCGCAAAUCCGACGGCAGUUUUUACAAACAUUUCAAAGUAAGCUCGCGCACAUCGAGCCAGGAAUCGAAAAGUGACUACUACGAGUCCAAAACGACAAAAUCAAGCCGCGAAAGUUUGAAAAAAUCCCGCGGUUCGCGUACUUCGAGUCUCGAAUCGAAGAGCGAAUAUUACGACGCUGCGUCGAAAAUCGAUAAUUAUCACCACGAUUUCGACCGAAAGAUCAGUUUCGAGAGAAACUACGGGACGCAGAAGGCUAGGGAUUACCACAAGAAAGAGACCUCGCACGUGCACUCAAUCAGUCUGCAAAACGUUGAAACCGAGCAGAAUAUCCGAGUCAGUCGGAUGUUGGAGCAAAAUACGGUGCCACGGACGCACAAAGCGUCCGAAAAAACCACCCACAUUUGGCCCGAAAGCAUUGCUGGGGUCCCGACCGAAAUCCGAACUUGGUCGAAACCCAGUACUCAACGGUCGACCGAAUCCGAAAGCAAUAUUUUUAGUUUUGAUGAAGACAAAAUCCAGUCGUUGCAAGACAGUAGUGAUGCGGACGUGUGCGAUCACGGGUUUAGUGUCGUUCCGAACAUCGACAAGAAGAAGUCGAAAGUUCCGAAAGAGGUUUUUAUGGAGUUCGAGCCGAGGCGAAUGCGCGAACCUUUACCCCUACACCAACCAAUUGAGCGGACGAAGUCCGAUCCGAAUUCGCUUUCCAGACAACGGUUUAACUCGAGUUCGAGGCGCUUAUUGUUGAUGCAUCAAAAAUCGAUCGAUUUGACUCCGGCCGAGUCGAGCGAUGAUGACUAUUUGUAUAAGCAAAUACCGAGCGCUCCGCCUGUUAUGAAGUACAGAGGCACUCAUUUCGAAAUGCCAACGGCCGAGUUUGGCCACUUUGAUAUCCUCAAAAGAGAGAUUGAGGGUCAAAAAACGAAAUUUGAAGUUCCUAAAAGUCAAUUCGAAGUGUUGGGUGCUAAAACACAGUCGGAUUUUAUCAAUCUUCCGCCGAAAAGUGACGAUAUUCCUUACGUUUUACACAAGAGACAUGUUAUGAACGGUACUGCCAAUAAGGACGAACAAGUGGAAGAACCACAAGAGCCGAAAAAAGAAAAAGAGAAGAAAAGUAAGCCGGUUGAAGCAGAACCGUUUCUCUUCACCCAAAACAUCGACUUGUCAAAGGUCGAUCCGAUCACUUUAGAGGUUGAUAAAAGUGAAAUGCCGGUCCAACACUUGUCCAGUCCUAAACGAGACAUCACACAUAUCGAUCCAGUGCUCUUAGAGGCUCUCAGUUCGAAAUUGAGCCAAAUUGAGAGUGAUUCACCGACAAGCUCGAAAACCGAAAGUCUCAAACCUCAGAAACUCCUCAAUUUAGCGAAAGAUAAACCAAUACCUAAACCGGAACUGCCGAAACCCGAACCCGAGAAAAAAGAACCUGAAAAACCCCCGAAAAUCGUCAAGGAAAAAAUCAAAACGGAAACGAAACCGAAACGAAUAAUCAAGCCUCGAAUGCAACCGGGUAAAAAAGGGAAAGGCAGCAAAACUAAAGUUCGCAUAACUUCGUUCAGUUCCGAUGAUGAAUCGUUGGACUCUGACGAUGUUUUCGGCAGUGCUGAGGCGACCCCUACUCGGAUGGAAUUUUCACCGCCUCAGAUGCGAAAAGAAAUGGAAUCGAUACUGAAAUUCGAGUCUGAAAGGAAGUACUUGCAGUAUACAAUGUCGUCGACGGAAGUGGAGGGUUCGCCGCCUCAAACACGCAAAAAGACCGAAAAAGCACAAUAUGAUAAUGGCUUAGACCCGAAUGUUCAACCCGAAUUGAGGAGGAUUUCCGAACGAUCAUUUUCAAUCCCGAGCUCUGAGGAUGAUCUCAAUAUGAAAACGGCUGACAUGCAGCCAGUUUUCGCCGAACCGGUGCAAGAAACCGAAGAUAAGUCACAAAAUGACACGAUCGAGGAGGAAUUAGACAAAACCGAAGUCAAUUUAGAUGAAGAAAGGGAAAAGGAGAAGUUGUUGCUUCAAGCCGAGAUUGAGAACGAUAUUAAGAAUCUCAAGGUGCCACCGAAGACGAAAAUAACCGAAAUUACUUCACCUUCAUUGAGGAAAAAGGGGCAAAGCCCACUGUUGUUUGCCCACGCUAGAUUGAAUUUAUCCGAAGGUUCGGCUUUCACACUCCUCCAGAAACAACAAGCGAUGGAAUCACCUCUUUCAGGUCGUAGAGCGAAAAGUUUGGACGCUCCUGUUAUACCUGUUAGUAGAUUACCCCCACUUAACGCUUUUUCGAGUAAAGAUGAUACGGUCGAAGAAGAACAAACUCACACAGAUGUGAAUGAAAGUGAAGUCGAAGAAAUAAUUGCCGAGCCGGUGAAACCACCACCAGAACCUGAAGAAGAACCCAAACCCAAGGUUAUAACCGAGAAACGACCGCCUAAACCAACACCUAAAGAACGAGAUCAGAUAGUACCAGAUGUGACCAAAGCGAAAAAAGCACCGAAACCGUCUCCACCUCUUAAAUCUGGAAGAGGAAAACCAGUACCAGCUCAACGAACUACCUCUUUGAAGGACAGUGCCAAGAGUCAGAAGGAAAAGGCACCGAAAGCGGCAACGAAACCACCAAAACCGGCACCAAAAACCGCCGUUGUUAGCAAAAGUGGACCCAAAGUGAUCAGUUCGAAAGUAACACUAGAGGAAGCGCCCGAAAAACCCGUACCCAAGCCACCCCCGGAAGUAAAAAGAACGAAAAGCCAAGAAGUAGGAGAGUCCAAGAAAGUUUUACCCAAAGAAAAAGCCAAGUCGUUGGAAAAGCUCGAACUGAAGAGAGUUUCGAGUAAAGAACGGACGAAAUCGCAAGAUGAAAGCGAAGAAGACAUAGCGAAACGUAAAGAAAAACAGCAGAUGUUGUACGAGACUGCGAUCAAACAAACGAAAACUUUGAAAAGUCCCGUCAAAGACACCCUUCCUGUGUUUCCGCAAGUUGAGGAAAUGGUGCGAGAACGACACGGAAAACUGGAAAUUAGUAUAAAUACGAUUGAGAAUAACAAAGUUUCCUUAGAAGAAGCAAUAAUAAUAACAAAGUCGCCCAAAAAGCUCGACAAGAAAAUGGACAAGAAACUAACAAAGAGUCUCGAAUUGAAUCUCGAGGAAAGCUCCGACGAGAAACCGAUGCAAAGGUUGGGGAAAAGCCUCGACUUGGACAAUCGCCCCAAAGAGGAAGAAAAACGCAUUUUCGACUUUCAACCCGAUUCGGUCAAAGUGGACGAAACCUCCCCCGAAUGCGGACUGGUGCAGGAAGUUGUCAAAGCGGAAGUUCACAAGGAAAGUAGCGACGUGGACGAACCUCAAGAGAACAUUAUUCUCGAAGGGACAAGUCUUGAUGUUUGGUUAUCGGUCGACGGGCAAAAAACGCUCGAAAACAUCAAACUCAUUCAAAAAUCUGACGAUUUUUUUGAAGAGCGGGCGUCAACUAAACCGCCAGAUUUGGGUAAAUUGGACGCAAAGAGUUCGUCCGAUUCGCAAAGUAUCGAAAAGACGAGUUUAGGAAAUUCGCUUGAUAUUAAAUACAUCGAUGAUUCGGGCGAUUCGAGUCACAAGUCGGAACAGGACGCUCAGUUGAUUGUUGAAAUGCAGAAAGCUUCUGACACUGUCUCGAAAUUUUUGCGGAAGAAAUUGGAAAAGAAGAGACUAGCAGCUCAGAAGGAAGUGCCGGAAAACAUCGUCCGGAUUACUAGUGAGGACGAGUCGUUGACCGAAGUUAGUGAUUUGAAGUGCGAGCCUCAAGAAGUCGAUUCGAAUCUUUUGGCUGUUGGGGAUAGUCAUAAAGACGCUUUGCUCAAGCUUAGCAUCGAAAGGAGUAGGUCUGAGGAUACGGGCUCUUGGGUGACUGUCGAGUGUGAUGAGUUUUAUGGGGCCGAGGAAUCUUUUGAUUACGAUCAGGCACCGUUGGAUACGCCGGAAAAAGCUUGCGUUGAAGGGGAACAAGAAGUCAAGUCACCGGGUGAACCUAAUCUUCUUACUGCCGUUAUCAAACACAGCAAAUUAGAUAUGUUGAAGCGAAGUUCGGACCAAUCACGGUCCAGUGAUACGACAGGUUCCUGGACCAGUGGCGAGAAAGACCCCAGUCCGAGUAACGUCAAAGAGAAUGAUGAUUCUAGUGUUAGUUGUGCAAUAGGUCGCUCGGUUGGUUUCAGUCAAAUCAUUGAAAAGUUUGCAAGUAAGGAACAGUUGGAUAAGGAUUCGCCUGAAAGUGAACCUCCGAAAAGUCCACGCAGCCCUCGAAGUCCCCGAAUUUGUGUCCUCGGACGUGCCUUUACAAUCGACGAAGAAUCACCACACAAAUACGAGGAAUCAAGCUCUGACGAGGCACACGAUAUACCCAAAGACCUAACACCGGUCCAAGAAGAAACCAACGGAGUUAAAUACAAGAAAACACCCUAUCCUUUCGAGGAAAAGUGGUCCACUGACUCCGAAUUGAGCCAACGUCUCCACCAAAAAAUCUCAAAGAAAUUAUCGGGGGACAAAAGUAGUAUGUCGUCAGUUGACGAACCGAAAAAUCUCCAUUCCUUCGACCGACUUUCGGUGGAAUCCCGAAAUUCGGUCGAUACCGAAUCGAGUUCGGGUAGUCUCGGCGCUGCUGCUCGCAUGCAAAAAUCCAGCGAUAUUCCCAAAGAACUGAGCUCAACAUGGCGGCCAUUUCCGCUUGAUAGUUCCGGUUCCGAAAGUUUCGACGACGGUCUUCUACCCCCGGAUCAAGAACCAGGAGAAAAGCAGGAAUAUUUCCUCGCUCGGGAAAGUUCGGGUGACUUUGCACCCCUGACUGAUGUUUGCUACAAAUCCGAAGAUGUGACACCGACUCGGGACGAUACGGAACUACCCGAAGAUUUGGCCAAUUUUCAGGCCAAUUUCGGUUAUCCUUGUCUCACUUCCGGUACGUUAUCUAUCGCUCUCGGUUCAGGGGGCGGUUUUUUAUCGCGGACUUUGUCGAGGAUUUCCGAACGAAGUACCAAUUCGGAGAAAUCAAGUCUGGAGGAGGAUUCGACGAAAGGUAGUACCCAGAGUGAUAGUUUGAACGACGAAUCAAUGGCAUCGAGUAACCCGCAAGUGAGUUUGAGCUCGGAUCCGCCCAGUCAUGCCCAUUUCAGCGAAGAGAAGAAAACACCAACCAAUGAAAAAUUACCAAGUCCGAAGGAAUUACCCAGUUUUGAGCAUACGCCAAUCAGUAGUUUAUUGCAGCGGCAGAUUUCCGAUGACCGACGGACGUCAGCGGAAAUGGCCGAAUUGUCAAUGGACGAUAUUGAGAUUAUAACAUCGGAACGGGGGUUGAAACUGAGGAGGCAGGGCUCUGAUGAUACGAUUAUAGAUGAGGAAUGUUUCGAACCGGUAGAGACCAAAGAUAAGAACCGAUCAAGUAGCCAAGAGAGUGAAGAAUGGCCUUUACCAGAUAUACCCCAACAAGAUAAGAGUACCUUGUUGGCAAUGCACGAAGUACCGAGUUCUGAUACCUCACAACAAACCACUCAAGUGUUCCAGCCUCCGCGAACAAGCAUUCCUAAAGUUUUUGGUUUGAGGGGAUCACUAAAGAGCCAGGAUUCGGAGCAAUGGCCGAGUCCUCCCUCAAGUGUUGUAGAACCACCAAUUGUAGGUAACGUAGAAACCUACUAUGUGACCCCGCCUGAAGAAGCAUGCAAAGUAACGAUUGACUCUAGUACGGUUAGUACCUACGACAACGAUUCAAAUUCUGAUGAAAAGACGUCAGAUUUAGACGGUGAUAAGACCCACACUUACGAAAACGUCGCAACUGAACAUAUCAGUGAAAGUAUUUCCGAAAGUCUCAGUGUCGGUGCUAGUGGUAUUAAGAUAGUGCUUGAUACGAAAUCGCAAGGCUCGAAUUCCGAUGAAGACUUGAACAUUUCGAAUUUGAACGACGAUGUUUUCACUGAUACUAUUGAUACUUCCAAGAACGAGUUAAGACCACCGACUGUAAUGAGACGAAGUACCACUUCGGACGAUUCGUCUCAUUCGCACUCGGGUGGUACCAAAAACGGGUUAAAGCCGCAACAGAAAGGUUCCCAAGGUUCGUACUCCGAGGAGGAGUGUACGAGCUCCAUGGGUACUAAUCUGGAGGACGGUACCGUCCGUUACGCCUUCAAACCGACGAAAUGUACCCACAGUUCGCACUCCGAAGACACAUCAAUCGCGUUAAGUCUCUCCGAAUGGUCCAACAGUACCAACACCGUUAAAUUCCAAAACUUGUCGAGUAACAGUGGUACCAAAAGCAGUUCCGGUUUAAAAAGCGACGACAAUUCCUUAACAGACAUUGCUCAAUCGAUUUCGGAAUGGUCAAGUAGUAACAGUAAGCAGCAACAAAGUACCAGCUUGCAAUUUCAAAAAUUAUCAUCAACGACUUCGACCGGUGAUAGUACUUUAACCGAUUUAAUUCCGACGAUUUCGGAAUGGUCGAGUUCGGACACUUCGAAAACAUUGGUGCCUCAACAGUUUUUCCAACCUAGUCAAAGUGUGGCCAGGCUAGGGUCUAGCGUCGACGACGGUGAUCUAGCGACUUUGGACCACAAGGGACUCCCAAGUCCUAAAAACAUUCCAUCAGAGGAUUUGGCCCAACUGGCCUGUGGUUUAAGUGGUCGCGAAAGCAAAUAUUUCAAGUCGACGGAACGACCUGUCGUCAUCCCCAUGCAAACGCAAUCCGAUACCGAAAAAUCCAGCAGUUCAAUCGAACAAAAAACCGUGCACACGCAACGCUACGACAAGGAAAAACAGAAAUACAUGCAGAAACACCAACCGUCGAAAAGCACCGAACGGCCCGUUAAAGUACCGCUCAAACUAUCCAAAUGUUCGCCUUACUAUUCAAGCAGUUUGAGUUCGGAGUCGACUCCUUUAGCCAGCACCAGCCCUAUUCCCAUGAGUAAAACCGCGACGGUACCGCUGACCCGCGGCCACCGAAAACCAGUGUCGAAGAGUCUCUUCCAGGCCAAAAGUCCCCCAAGUGAAAACGACUCAACGAGUUCUGUCGAAUCGCCCAAAAGCAAAUCGGAUCGAGACCGUCGUGGUUACCGACGGCGCAAGUCGCAGACGCAAAGGCGCCAGAAGCUCGAGAAGGAGCACCACAGUGUCGAUGAGUACUACUAUGAGGAGUACGGGUACCAAGCGAUGGGUGCCGAGAGCCCCCUGUUGCAGUACUCGGAGAACUUGGAAGAGGGUUAUUUGCCCGAUGGCGAUUCGCAGUCGGGUUCUGAUAUUUUUCGCAUGGAGAAGGACGACGAUGGGUACGACCUUGCCGAAGGCUUCGACGUGUCCUCGAUUCCGCCGCCCCUUCUUGAAGACGAUUUCGAAGAGGAACAUUCGCCGCAAAUUUGAUUUUAAUGUGAUUUAGGAGUUCUGGUCGGGGUAUCGUUUCGUUCUAAUGGCGCUGGUCGUUAUCGUUCUAGUGUUGUUUUUCGAACUUGUCGUUUUCAAUUUUUUGGUUUUCGUCGAUUUCUUUCGGUUGUGCUAUUGAGAGUACCCCGACGACUGGAUUAUAAUCAAAUAUUUGGGUUCCUGGCUGUGCCGAUUUGAAUUUGCUCACGCGAGUAGGAUAGGGUUUACAAUUUGAAACGAAGGUGCCAAAAUACGACGCCAAAUCUCGAUCGUGGUGGCUAUUGGAACUGGUUUUGCGUUUGUCGAAUGCGCACAAUUAUACCAAUGGUCAUUCAAUCAUACACAUGCAAGUCACCGAAGACUGAAAUAAUUUGUAAAUACAUUGUGACGUACAGAAAAUCAAACAUUUAACAUUAUAUACUUCAUUCGGGUGUUUGUGUGAUUUUUGCCAAUUUACGAUGUUAUUAUCCCUUUUUAGUUUUUUACCAAAAUGUGAUCUAUGUGAUAGUUGCCUUUUGCUUUUUAUCUCGAAAGGCAAUUCCAACGUUAUUCGCCAAAUUUUUUGCAUUUUGUGCAUCGUUUUUUUGUAGUGUUUUUUAAUAUCAUUUAAGUCAAUGAAAGAAGUGCCAAAACCGGCUUUGAUAGUACGGAACGAAAAGACAGUUUGAUAUUAUUAUUUAUAGGAAAAAAACAGUAAGCCUAACCCAAAUUUAUUCAUCGAUGUAUUUAGAGACUUUAUAUUUACUAGAAUCUCAAAAAUGUAUUUUGAACGCUUCUUAGAUCACUCCUAAAAGCCCUAUCGUGUCCUAUCUUUUUUGAUCAGUUUUUCAAUUUGGCAGGGAAUUUAGGUAGUGAACCUGGCCGUAGUACUAAAUUCUUGUAAUUCUAAUCAGUGUUUACGUAGUUGUGCAAAAUUUUCCCGAAAAACACUACAUGAGAAGAUGCAUAAACCAUUAUCUUAGCGUAAAAUUCACUUUUAGACAUAAUUCCAGCUUUACUAAACUAAGCUUAAACAGCAGGUAAAGGGUGAACAAAUCGGGCUUGUAGCACGUUUAUUUCAACUUAUCGUUGUGAUUAUGUCGAAGAGUUAUUAUUAUUGUAAAUACUGUGACCUUUGUUGAAUAUUGAAUCUUUUAACAUGCGAUACAUAUGUAGAGAAUUUUAUUUUACGCUGUUUCACAGACGAAUUGCUUGUACAACUCGACGGUCUAAUUAUCAACUUCAGUGUUAUGUUCCCGAUUGAGUACAAAAGAGAUUUUUGUAAAUAUGUUCAUUUCGUUGAGUUUAUUACGAAUGUAGGCCUAACUACGCAUUUGUAAUAAUAAUUCGAAAAGUGUUGUAGUCAAUAAUACGGUUUUCUCCAUUUUUACGUUUUUGUGAUAUUUAUAAAUAUGAUAGACGAGUAGAAUUAGGGUUAGUUGGAACAAAUGUUAACGUUUUUCGUCAUACUUUGUUUUGUUGAGAUAUUUGUUGAUUAUUAUGAUGCUCAAAGCAUGUAAAACCAUGAGGAAUUUAAUCACGUAGCGAAAGAAACCCAUGCUGUGUACAAUCAUCAUUUAUUUCAAGAUUCUUAAAAACUGUAAUCAUUUCAUUGGAAAUAAAACACAAUUUGCUUAAA